AUGACAACUACUGCUAGUCAUAACCUUAGGACAGCAACAAGAAAGUAUAAUCAAUUGAACAUUCCUCAAAAUAUCAUUCAAACAGGUUUAUACAGUAGUACUCACUGGCCUUAUACUACAUCAUGGAAACAACUGAAUCCAAAUGCUUCUUACUAUUUUUUUAAUGAUGAAGAAGCGUCAAGCUUCGUGCAUAAACAUAUGCCACCAGACAUAGCUUCUGUCUAUGAUAUCUUGCCUUUUGCAGUGUUGAAAGCAGAUUUUUUUAGAUAUAUUGCAACUUACAUACUUGGUGGCGUUUAUUCGGAUAUUGAUACAGAAUGCUUACAACCUAUUAAUGUAUGGACAGAUAAUUAUACGAAUGUUAGUUUUAUAGUUGGGGUGGAAGGCGACACUGCAAUAGGAGGAGCUAUUUUAGCUCGAAAACUUCAAUUAUGCCAAUGGACAUUUGCUGCAAAACCAAAGCAUCCAAUACUCAAACGAAUGAUAGAUAAUAUCAAAAAGAAAACAAAGAUAUUUAUCAAAUCAAAAAAAGAUCUUUCCACCAUUAUUAUGGAUUGGACAGGUCCAGGCCUUUGGACUGAUACUAUAUUUGAUUAUCUUAAUGAAACAUUUAAUAUUAAUAGUUCUACAUUGUCAAAAUUGAACCAGGGUCGACUAAUUGGCGAUGUUUAUUAUUUACCGGUAGCAGCAUUUUCUCCAGUUGCUAUUAGCUUGGGUGCAAAAGGCAGAAAUGAUAAAGAAGCACUUGUUUAUCAUGAUUUUCAAGGAAGUUGGAAACCAAACUUGAUCCAGAAAUAUUUCAACCUGAAACGUUUUCAUUUACUGUAA